UGUUAGGACACCCCCCACUACAAAAACAAGCCGCGCCCCCUUUGCAAAUCUGGCCGCGGGGGCGUGGUCAGACUCGUCAUCCCGCGUGGGCGUGUCCCAGCCCCCACCCCUCCGUAUAUAAGGGCCGGUGCGCCAGGAUUGCCGCAGACCUGAAGCUUCUCACCGAGACCUCGUCGCGCAGACUCACGUGAGAUCCCGGCCCCUACUGCGUCAUGCGUGAAUGUAUCUCAGUCCAUGUCGGCCAGGCUGGCGUCCAGAUGGGCAACACCUGCUGGGAGCUGUACUGCCUGGAGCACGGCAUCCAGCCGGACGGGCAGAUGCCCAGCGAGAAGACAAUCGGGGGAGGGGAUGACUCCUUUACCACCUUCUUCUGUGAGACGGGUGCCGGGAAGCACGUCCCCAGGGCUAUCUUCGUGGACCUGGAACCCACCGUGAUCGAUGAGAUUCGGACCGGCAUCUACCGCCAGCUCUUCCACCCAGAGCAGCUCAUCACCGGCAAGGAAGAUGCUGCCAAUAACUAUGCCCGUGGGCACUACACAAUUGGCAAGGAGAUCAUCGACCAAGUGCUGGACAGGAUCCGGAAGCUGGCCGACCAGUGCACGGGGCUCCAGGGCUUCCUGGUCUUCCACAGCUUUGGGGGCGGCACUGGCUCCGGAUUCACCUCCCUGCUGAUGGAGCGUCUCUCUGUUGACUAUGGCAAGAAGUCCAAGCUGGAGUUUGCCAUCUACCCAGCACCUCAGGUCUCCACUGCAGUGGUGGAGCCCUACAACUCCAUCCUGACAACCCACACCACCCUGGAGCACUCGGACUGCGCCUUCAUGGUCGACAACGAGGCCAUCUACGACAUCUGCCGCAGGAACCUGGACAUCGAGCGCCCCACCUACACCAACCUGAACCGCCUUAUUAGCCAGAUCGUGUCCUCUAUCACCGCCUCCCUCCGAUUCGAUGGUGCCCUCAAUGUGGAUCUGACAGAGUUCCAGACCAACCUGGUGCCCUACCCCCGCAUCCACUUCCCGCUGGCCACCUACGCCCCUGUCAUCUCUGCAGAGAAGGCCUAUCAUGAGCAGCUCUCUGUGGCUGAGAUCACAAACUCUUGCUUUGAGCCAGCCAACCAGAUGGUGAAGUGUGACCCGCGCCAUGGCAAAUACAUGGCCUGCUGCCUCUUGUACCGUGGUGAUGUGGUGCCCAAAGAUGUCAAUGCUGCUAUUGCCGCCAUCAAAACCAAGCGCAGCAUCCAGUUCGUAGACUGGUGUCCAACUGGCUUCAAGGUUGGCAUCAACUACCAGCCCCCAACCGCGGUUCCCGGUGGCGACCUGGCCAAGGUGCAGCGGGCCGUGUGUAUGCUGAGCAACACCACGGCCAUUGCCGAGGCCUGGGCUCGGCUGGACCACAAGUUUGACCUGAUGUAUGCCAAGCGGGCCUUCGUGCAUUGGUACGUGGGAGAGGGCAUGGAGGAGGGGGAGUUCUCGGAGGCCCGGGAGGACAUGGCUGCCCUGGAGAAGGAUUACGAGGAGGUGGGCCUUGACUCCUAUGAGGAUGAAGAGGAGGGAGAGGAGUACUGAGGCACUGGCUGAAGGACUUUCAUGUUAAUAGUGUUAAUUACAAAAUCCUUUAAACAAUAAACCGUCUCCUUGGUCUCGAACC